AUGUUGGUGAAACGGUCCAAUUUGUUGCUCUGCCUCGUGGUGGGAGCCUUCUUCACCAUUUCCACGUUCUACUACUCCGCGAACCACACCAAUCCAUCCUACACCUACACAAAAUUCUCCAAUAGUCAUUACACUAAGGUGGUGUUGGAGAUCAAGAAGACGCGAGGGCUUCCAACGACAUUCAUAUUGGUACUCAGCUCCAUAGCUGGCGAAGAUGCCUAUGGGCCAAAGCGGCACUUUUCUGACUACUUAUCGACAUUGAAAACUUUAUAUGAGAACAAGUCCUACCAGGUGUCGUUAGGAUUGUUGGUGAAAAACCAAGCCGAGUUCGAUGUCAUUUCGAAGAUCUUGGACGAAAAGACUAACGAAGUGGAUUUUCAUCGCAUCACUUUGGUCAUAGCACCAACCAUAGAGGCUCAGAACAUGCCCUCUGAUGACGAGAGACACGCAGACAAGUUUCAAAGGGAAAGGAGGAGAUCCAUAGCAAGGGCACGCAAUUUCCUUAUAUCCAGUGCUCUACAGGAUGAGGAGUAUACCCUCUUUGUGGAUGCAGAUAUCAAGAAGUUUAAAAAUCCACGAGAGCUUCUUUCCACAUUUAUCGACGCGAAGUUGGAUAUUAUUGUUCCCAGAAUUGACGUGGGCUCAGCAGUAGACUAUGAUAGGAAUUCGUGGAGAGGUGAGAGAACGAAACCGAAUGAGGACCAGCUCAGGAAAUUGGACGCCAACGACUGGGAUCACUGGGACUACGUUCCUCAAGAUGUCACUAAAAACAUGUUUCACUUUUCAUCAUAUCUCGAAGACAAACCCACAUAUGAACAAAAUCAUGACAAUUUGAGCUACACUGUUGAGCUUGAUUCCGUGGGUGGAGCUGUGCUCUUUGCCAAAUCUAUCAUAUACAAGCAAGGCGUGAUAUUCCCCACUAGUUAUAUUGUUGGCACUACGUGGGAGAGAUUGGAAGGUUAUGACGGAAUUGAAACAGAAGGCUUAUGCUAUUUAGCAAAACCCUUGGGCUAUAAGUGUUGGGGUAUGCCUAACAUGAUAGCAUUCCACAGUGAAAGGUAG